AGGGUAUGGUGGUGGUGAAGAGGUACGUCUUGAGAUUGUUCAUAUCUUUGAAGUACAUAACUGCAAAUGUGAUGGACAGGAACAACGGCAGGAUAACUGCAACAGCGUCCAGCGUCGAGCACUCGCUCAAGAACUUGUUUGAAUGUGGGAGAAGUUGCAAUGCUAAAGCUGUUGUAGUUGUGGGAGAGGUCUUGGCCAGGCCCCUCAAAGUGGAGGGAAUCGAUCAAGGUGGAGGGGGAAGUGGAAUUCAUGUCAAUGUAACCAAGGAGGUUGAGAAGAAGGGCUUCAAGAACCGCACCAAGGUCUGGGCUAUAGUCAAUGGCCUCAAGAACAAUGGGGUUAAACUUGUGAUGGAUGAUGAUGAUCCGAUGAUGUUACUGAUGAUCUCACAACUUUAGGCUCUAGCCACUAAUGAACUAUGUACCUCCCUAUAUUGCACAUGUUGUAAAGAUUGUAGAACCCCUAAAGUUGUAUUUUAGCAUUACUAAAAUUGUAUUACUAGCAUCUCACCCUUCAGAGAAUGCAUAUAUCUUAGUCUCAUAGAUAGCUUGACACCCAUUUUGC